UUGAUUCAAGUGCACAUGAGAAUGUCGCACUAAAACGUGCGAAAACUGGAAACCUCUAGUCGAACGCCAGUCAUUGAAAAAUCACAUUUUCUACUAGCCUUUACCUCUCAAAUCAGAGAGCGUUAAGACUUUUAAACGACAGUAUGUCCGUUAUUGAGGAAGAGCGCGUACGCGGCGGUGUUUUUAAGGACAUUAAUGCUGAAGAUGAAGACGGUCAACCUACAGUUAUCGAGAGUUUGUGCAUGAACUGUUAUGAAAAUGGAAGCACACGACUUCUGCUUACUAAGAUCCCAUUCUUUAAAGAAAUCAUCAUCAGCUCCUUCACAUGUCCACACUGCAACUGGUCCAACACAGAAACUCAGUCUGCCGGGCGGAUACAAGAGCAGGGUGUCCUGUACACCUUACAAGUGAAGACUAAAGAGGACUUGAACCGAGAGGUUGUGAAGUCUGACAGUGCAUCAACCAGAAUUCCAGAACUUGAUUUUGAAAUUCCUGCCUUUACACAGAAGGGCUCAUUGUCAACAAUUGAGGGUCUGCUGGACAGAGCUGUGGUGGGUUUAGAACAAGAACAACCAGCCAGAAAGGCAACAGAUCCAGCUGUAGCUGAAAAAAUAGAGGAAUUCAUCCAGAGGUUGAAAAAGCUAAAAGAUGAUUUUCAAGAGGAAUUCACAUUAAUUAUCGAUGAUCCAUCUGGGAAUAGUUUUAUUGAGAAUCCGUUUGCACCUCAGAAAGAUAAAUCUCUUUCUGUCACGCAUUACAAAAGGACACCUCAACACAACGCUGCUCUAGGAAUAGAGGUAGAAGAGGAACAAGAUGAUGAAGAGCCUGGCAAUGAUCUUGACACAAUGAGAAAUGAGGUAUUAGUGUUCAACACUAACUGCCCAGAAUGCAACGCCCCAGCCAAUACAAACAUGAAGCUUGUCCAAAUUCCACACUUUAAAGAGGUUAUUAUAAUGGCUACUAAUUGUGACAGCUGUGGACAUCGCACCAAUGAGGUGAAAUCAGGAGGAACCACAGAAGAUCAGGGAACCAGAAUAACACUCCACUUAACAGACCCUUCAGAUAUGUCCAGAGACCUGCUGAGGUCUGAGACGUGUAGCGUGUUGAUUCCCGAGCUGGAGUUUGAGAUGGGAAUGGCAGCUCUUGGAGGGAAGUUUACUACCCUGGAAGGACUUCUCAGGGACAUCAAAGAACUGGUUGUUUCGAAAAACCCCUUCAUGUGUGGUGACAGCUUUACAGCAGAUAGAGCAGAGAAAUUACAGCUUUUUGGGCAAAAGAUUGACAAGAUAAUGGCAGGAGAAAUGGACGUUCAGAUUAUCCUGGAUGAUCCAACAGGGAAUAGUUAUCUUCAGAACGUUUAUGCCCCAGAUCCAGACCCAGAAAUGAAGAUCGAGAGGUACACUCGAACUUUUGAGCAGAAUGAAGACUUGGGGCUGAAUGACAUGAAAACGGAAGGGUAUGCAGAGACUUAGGUUUGGAGUCAAAUGUACAAUGGAGAAGAGCAAUUAUAUGACCAAUUCUGUCAGAGCCUUUAAAUUCUAUUGUAAUAAUGUUACAAGCACUUGUUAAAAAACGAUGGUAGAAAUAUAAUUUGAAGAGAAAAAAAUCCUUUUGAUCAGCGUUUUCCUUGCUACCUUAAAAAUUAUUUUUUGUUUAGGCCAGCUUGUCUACGAGGGUUUUGUUAAUUAAGUCCUAGCAAUAUUGUUACUAAGUUAGAAGGUACUUAAAUGUACGGACACUAAAUACAUUAACAACACUAUGGAUGUGACCGUUGUUAAUGCAUUUGUUUCUAACUCUGCAAGGCUGUGUGUAUUCAUAUUAUUUAUGGAUUUUUUGUAAAAUAAAGUGGUUUCAAU